AGAUCAGAUCCAAAAAAAAAAUGCUCAGAAGUGGGCGGAGCCUACCAAUGUGGCCAUCGCGAAUUCCAAAUGAGGAAUAUGCGAUGAGAAGGACGAAUUUGAUGAAUUUACUCAAAAAAGAGGUCAAAACUGGGGAAAAGCAAGUGGUCGUUGUGAUGAAAGGAGCACGGAAAUCAUAUAUUGCACCGGAUGUUCCACACGCGUUCCGACAGAAAAGCCAUUUCAGAUACCUAAACGGAAUCACCACACCAGAUUGUUAUUACAUAAUGCAAUCAGGAAUAUCCGAAUCUUCAAAAGAAACAAAUAUUCUUUUUGCUGACCGUCGUAGUGCCUAUGAUGAGCUAUGGGAAGGCGCCCUACCAACUGAAUCCGAAUGGGAAAAGACUGCAAAAUUCACGGAAUGUGUGCCGACUAGCCGGAUUCUACAGACUUUGGAAAAAGUUUGCGAUAAGGGAACUGCAGUGUUUUUUGAUUCGACUUCUGAUGAUUUACUCUAUAAGUUUGUACAGGCUAAAGCUAAUUCUGUUCGGGAAAUUAAUCAUUUUAUCGAACGUCGCCGAGUAAUAAAAUCUCCAUCCGAAAUGAGCUCAAUGCGUGACGUGUGCAACGUGGGAGCCCAGACAAUGAGCUCAAUGAUAUCGGGAUCACGUGAUCUACACAACGAGAACGCGAUUUGCGGGCUCUUGGAGUUUGAAGGACGUCGUCGUGGAUCAGAAAUGCAAGCAUAUCCACCAGUGAUUGCCGGUGGUGUUCGUGCCAACACUAUUCACUAUUUGGACGCAAAUAAUGACCUAAAUCCCCGGGAAUGUGUUCUCGUGGAUGCUGGGUGUGAUUUGAAUGGUUAUGUGUCAGAUGUGACACGUUGCUUUCCGAUUUCUGGAUUCUGGUCAGACGCCCAACUAUCCCUCUACGAAGCGCUUCUCUACGUUCACGAAGAACUGCUCACCUACGCCCACUCAAUGGAAAAAGUCCGCCUAAGCGCCCUGUUCCGCCGAAUGAACGAACUUCUCGCGGCAAGUUUCACCGAACUCGGCCUGAUUCGAUCUACGGAUCACAAGGAGAUGAUUCAUCAGGCGGAGAAGCUGUGUCCCCACCACGUCAGUCAUUAUCUCGGAAUGGAUGUUCACGAUUGUCCGACAGUAUCCCGAGACAUUGAUCUACCACCGAAUGUGCCAUUUACCAUUGAGCCGGGAGUGUAUGUUCCGAUGGAUUGGCCUGUCAAAGAGUUUCGUGGCAUUGGAUACCGUAUCGAGGAUGACGUGGCGACUAGUGAAGCUGGAGGGAUUGAGCUGUUGACUGCUGCAGUGCCAAGGGAUCCCAUCGAGAUUCAGAGGCUCAUGGGAACGGCCGAAUAAUUGUUUGAAUGUGGAAUACCGAAAGAAUUGAGAAAAUAUUUUAGAAAUUGCUCCAAAUUUGGCCCUGAUUUGAUAUUCCUUUGUUCAAACUUUUCGCUAAAAACAUUCUCAUUGGAGCGCGUUAUGCCAUGUGGAUUUACGAGAUUCAGUUUUACACAUUUCUGUCGGUUUUUUUGCUGAAGAUCUGCAUUUUCGUGCCAAUUGAACAUUUUAUUAUCCAAAAUUUUUUGCGAAAAUUUUCAAAAAAAUUAGUUAACUUUACACGAAAAUCGAUAACAAUGAUGAAACUCGUUGAAAAUCUUAAUCUCGUAAAUCGACAUGACUUUGCGCGCUCCAAUGAGAAUGAGGCUGGAGUGGCGGAAAAAUAAUAAUUUAGAAAAAUAAAUAUUUUCUUUUGAAUUUUUCGGGCCAAAUUUGGAGAGAUUUCGGUACUGCGCCUCAAAUGUUUUUUUUUUGUUUCUAUAGUUUCCUAGUUUGUAUUUUUUUUUUUGAAAAAACUCGCAUU